AUGUUUCGAAAAAAAAGACCUUCACAUUUACAGUUACCUAAUUCGAUUGACAAAAUAUCAACUCCUGCCAUAUUAUCUUAAAGAACACCACUAUCACUAUAAACUCCAAAAUCACCUCCGAUAAUGCAUAGAAUGAAGUCAUUUCAAAUUACUACUCAUCGCAAAUUACCAGAAAAUAGUUUUGCUUUCGAUGAUCUUGUCAAAACACCAUUUGAUGAAGAAAUCAUGAGUAAUCUAUGUAAAGUAAGUCAGGAUUCAAACACAGAAGUACUGCCAAUCAGCAUUUACGAUUAGAAUCGAUCUAUAAAUUUGUCUAUGAAAAGAAACUCCGUGGUACCACUAAAUAUAAUUUGAAUCCAAAAUCUCAUUAAUAGGCUUUACCUGUUCCAAAUGGUUCAAUUAGCAUAAUGAUUAAUAAAUAAAAAAAAGAUUAAGGGUUUAGCAUCUCUUAAUUUAAAAAGAAGAUUCCUCCAAAAUCUAAAUUUAAAAUGAAAUGGAAAACAAUAUAAUGGAUAUUAUUGAAUAGAAAGGAUGCAAUUGAUUAAAUCUUUUCUAAUUAUUAGAAAAUUAUCUAAAAAGCUAAAGACAAGAAGGAAGGUAUGAAUAAAGAAGAGUUUUCUGAACUUUUAAAUUCUGUAUAAUUAGGAGCAGAUAGAAAUCUUGCUGAAAAACUAUUUUAUGUUUUUGAUGAAGAUUAAAGUGGUACAGUUGAUUAUAAAGAAUUAAUUGUUGGUUUAGAAGUAUUAAAAGAUGAUACAAUAGAGGAGAAAUUAAAAAGUAUUUAUGAUAUAAAAUUUUAAGUAUUCUUUGAUUUAUGUGAUCUUGAUGGAUCAGGUAAAAUAAGUGAGAAAGAAAUAUUUAAUGUAUUAAAAUCAAAUAUAGUUUCUGAAAGUGAUAAAUAUUAAUUAAGAUAAAGUAUUAAGGAAAUGAUUAAAAAUUGUGAUUCAAAUGGAGAUGGAGAAUUGGAUAAAUAAGAAAUUUUAGCAGCAGCAAGCAAUAAUGCAGUAUUAAGAAGAUUAUUAGAAUAAACUAUUUCAAAUGUUAAAAGAAUAGAUACAAUUAUAUAAAAUGAUUUAGAAGAACCAUUUCAUUAAUUUGUACCUGCUACUGCUCAUUUUGUUUAAUAAAAAGAAGGAAUUCAUUUUCCAACAUAAUAGAAAAUAUUAGAUAUGAUUUAAGAAAUGGAAUCUGUAAAAUAUUAUAUUAUAAAUAGAUCCAUGAAACUGCAAGAGAAUAUAUUACACCUAGAAAUAAACAUAAUUCACUUCAAAAUAGUUAAUUCUAUUAAGGAUUAUAAGAAACUAAAAAUUUAGAUGAUUCUCAAAAUUGA